AUGACAGCAAUAACGAAACACAAUCGUUCUCGAACAAGUAUGCUGCCAUGGAUUGCGAUGAUUCUCUUUGUAAUUUAUGUUAGUGCCUGCAUUCUUUUAUUUCCCGUUCGUUCAUCAGACUAUCAGUGGAAUCACAUUUUCAGCAGAUAUAUUGCAUCAGGUCAGACAACACAAUUGAGUGUGAACUCUACGAGUGGUUUCAACGGCGUCGUAGCAGAUUUGAAACUGUACUCGUUACAACACAGUCGAUAUUUAGAGGAGAAACUCUUUCCACGGUGGAUACAUCGAGAAAUGAUAAAGACUUUGAAAUACUUUCCGCGUCAAAAGAAUUUAAAGGGAAUCGUGAUUUGUACUGGCAAUGGACAUUUUCUUCUGACACUAGUAGCCCUACGUGCUCUUCAGUCGAUUGGAAACACAAUGCCCAUCGAAAUUAUGUUCUCCACUUCCACUGAUUUGUCACUGGGCAAUCAAAAAAAGCUGGCACAUCAAUUUCCCGAAGUUCGACUCAUAGAUUUAUCGACAAUUUUCAAUGAUAGCUAUUUGGAACUGCGAGGUUGGGAAAUUAAACCGUUUGCAGUACUCGCAUCACGAUUCCAGCAAGUUCUUUUGAUUGAUGCUGAUGUUUUGUUCCUGGAAAAGCCAUCAGUUCUCUUUGAAAAUGAACUUUACCUUCGCACUGGUUCUCUAUUUUUCUACGAUAGACCAAAUUUAUCACCGGAAGCUCUCCGAUGGAUUCGUGAUAUAUCGAUGAAGAGUAUUGAUACUAUUCCUAAGCGAACACAAGAAUCUGGUGUUGUUCUCAUUGAUAAAGGUCGUACUCUUCUUGGUCUCUUGAGCACUUGUAAACUGAAUGAGCACGACCAACGUGAACGGGUCACUUAUCGACAUCUUUAUGGUGAUAAAGACACAUGGUGGCUCGGUUUUCAUCUUGUCGAUAUGGCCUAUUCAUUCAUACCAACUCUGACAGCUUCCAUAGGAUAUAUUCAACACAGUAAAGUAUGCGGACACAUCCUACAUCUUGAUCAAAACCAUCAGCCCAUAUGGUGGAACGGGGGAAUGUUUAAAAAUCGCUACGUAAAUACACGUGAUAUUCUGCCCAUUGAAGUUUGGUUAGAAGAAGGAACGUGGACACUUGCGACUUAUUCGUGUUUAAUCAACCAUCAACAAAGCCCAAGAUCCGUCAACCAAUAUCAAAGACAUUUAAUUGAAAACUAUACGAAAAUCACAAAAUAUGUCUAUAAUAUCUCAUAA